UGCCGUAGGCGCGGUAACACGGUCAAAGCGGCGGGAGAGCGGUUCACGCGCUCACGUUUAAUUUGAGCCGUGUUUAUUGCGCAUUAACUAAGCAAACAGUGGGAAUUCAGUCCUAAAAAUAAGCCUCGACUCGGGUUAAAGUCUCUCGAUGUCCCUGUAACGCCGCUGGUUUGUCUUCGUUGUGGUCCUGUCGCGUUUAAAGCUUUACCCGGGAAACUGGUUCGAUUUACUGUUAGCCUCGGCGCAGCUCUCCCGCAACAAUGGCGAAGGUGCAGGUCCUGAAUGUGGCGGUCCUGGAUAACCCGAGUCCCUUUGGAAACCCCUUCCAGUUUGAGAUCACGUUUGAGUGCAUGGAGGAUCUCCCCGAAGACCUGGAAUGGAAGAUCAUCUAUGUUGGAUCAGCAGAGAGUGAAGAAUAUGACCAAGUCCUUGACUCCGUCCUGGUUGGACCUGUACCUGCUGGGAGACAUAUGUUUGUAUUUCAGGCUGAUGCUCCAAACACUGGAUUGAUCCCUGAAAGUGAUGCUGUUGGUGUAACUGUGGUGCUGAUCACCUGCACAUAUCGUGGCCAGGAAUUCAUUCGCAUUGGUUACUAUGUGAACAACGAAUACACAGAUCCUGAGCUUCGUGAAAAUCCACCAAUCAAGCCAGACUACACACAGCUUCAGAGAAAUAUUCUGGCGUCAAACCCACGUGUGACCAGGUUCCAUAUAAACUGGGAAGGCUGUGCAGAGCGAAUGGAAGACUCUGAAAAUGUGGAUCCUUCAUCAAACUCCAUGCUCCCACCAUCCUGUCUCCCGGGCAAGGCCCCACCCUUGGGGAUACUACCAGAUAAUUCCAUGGACUGCUUAUAGAGACGCCCCAGAAGACGUAGCGAUGAUCCAAAAGGUGAUAUAUGACAACACGAGACCUUACUAUUGAAGAAUGCCUGUGGACAUUCCAGUGUGGAUGUACAAACAUCUUUGCCUUAAAGCUGCACUUAUUUCAGUGAGGCUUGUUGUCACAAAUGAACUCUCACCUCCUUGGCAUCAGACAUCUCGAAUUAUCAUCGCUAAUAGCUGGGGAGUUCCUUGCCAUGAUGCUGAAAGCAAUAUUGAAAUAGUUAAACUCAUGGAAGGAAAAGCAGCAGCUAAGAAACAUUGCAGCUGGACUGAAACGAACAGAAAGCUGUGGUGAGAUUGUUUUUCCUUCCGUUUUUGUUGGUGCAAAAUGAAUUUGUACCCAUUUAAGAGGAUUUCAGCACUGAAGCAAUAGGCAAAUAAAUUGCAAUAUGUUGCUGUACAGCAAUGGCAUAAUCUGCCAUUAGGUUUGUGCUCAAAUUCCUGAUGCACUUAAAAUGUUUUCCCACAUACAUUGUGGAGUUUGGGAUGGGCUUUGUGUGGGCUGUAUCACUUCCUGUGUUUUUUCUGUUUGCAGUUUUGUGUUCCAAAUAAAACAAUGUUGUAUUUGU